AUGCCGACACUUGGCAAGAGUCGCGGCUACAAAGGCAGCAGGUCAACUGACCCCCUGCACUGCAAGUUCCACUAUCGUUCCUUGGUCAACAGAAAGCGCGCUGACGUCGACCUCGCAAAAUUUAAGCCGGAUCCUGUCCUUAUCCUUGUCGAAGUUGGUCCACGGGACGGCCUACAGAACGAAAAGCAACUGAUCCCGACAGAAACUAAAGUGGCCUUAAUCGACAAACUAACCGGCACCGGUCUUUCUGUCAUCGAAGCCACCUCCUUUGUAUCCCCCAAAUGGGUACCGCAGAUGGGGGACGCGCAGAAAGUAAUGUCCGCCAUACACCGCAAACCAGGGACCACCUACCCGGUGCUCACGCCCAACAUCAAGGGUCUCGAAGCUGCCAUCAAGUCAGGUGCCGAGGAAGUGGCUAUUUUUGGCGCUGCCUCAGAAUCUUUCAGCCAGCGGAACAUCAACUGCUCAGUUGAUGAGAGCAUUGAGAGGUUUGGCGUUGUGGCAGAGAGGGCGAGAGAGGCCGGGCUGAGAAUCAGGGGCUACGUGUCGUGCGUCGUCGGUUGCCCCUACGAAGGCCAUGUGGAUCCCGAGGUUGUCGCCCGCGUCUCCCACGCGAUGUUAUCCUUGGGCUGCUAUGAGAUCUCCCUAGGCGACACCAUUGGGGUGGGUCGACCGAAGGAGAUUCAAGCCAUGCUCAAUGCAGUGACUAAGCGCGUGCCCACCAGCCAGCUGGCCAUUCAUUGCCAUGAUACCUAUGGCCAGGCGUUGGCAAACAUAUAUGCGGCUGUGGAAGCUGGUGUGCGCACUGUGGACUCGUCGGUGGCAGGGCUGGGCGGCUGCCCCUAUGCGAAGGGCGCUACUGGGAAUGUAGCCACUGAGGACGUUGUUUAUAUGCUUGAGGGCAAUGGCUUUAGCACUGGCGUUGACUUGUUCAAGCUUGCGGCUGUGGGUCAGUGGAUUUCGGAGGAGCUUGGCCGGCCCACAGGCUCGCGCGUCGCUCGUGCUUUGUUGGCCAAAAACAAAUAA